GCCGUGCGCGUGUGCGACGCGUGUUCUGAUUUGUUCCGUGACACAGGUGUGGUUUUUCCACCCGUUCAAUCAUUUCAAUCGCUCGCGGCAACGCGGUGCAGACCGAUCAAGAACGAUCGCGAGAGCGGCAGGUGGACGCGCGUGGUUAAACGCUUUUGCGAAACAGAAAAGUGCCGCUCUUUCGGUGGGAGCGGGAUAGCAACUGAUAGCGACAGGCAGAGAGAGAGAGAGAGAGAGAGAGAGAGAGAGAGAGAGAGAGAGAAAAGAGAAUGGAAAGGCGAUUGAUUUUCGCGUAGUGUCCAACGCUCCGGAGAGCCCUUUCUUACUGCGAUCAAUCGAAAGGCAUACUGGAUCUGGAUCAAUAGAAUCCGCGAAAGCAUGUAAACAUCCGCUCGGACGAUACGACCAGAGACACGGACGAAGCAACGAACGUACUUUCGUCUCUCUCUCACAAAACCGUGUGUUCGCGCGCGUGCUCGACCGUAUGUCGGCAGUCAUCGAUUUUCCGGCGAUCGUGUGUGGCCGGUACGACUCGUCGCCGGUAAGAAUCUUCAAGUACGAGAGUAUGAAGAGGUGGAGCUUUCACGCAGUCAAGAAAACCGCGUAAGAACGACGUACGUUGUUAACGUACGUAUGUGCGUACGCGCGUACGUCGCGGUGUUCUGUGGUGUCGCGAGAACAAGAGAAAGAGAGAAAGCCCGGUGGUGAAAGAAGGAUCGAGCGACAGAAAGAGUAAGAGAGAGUUACUUGAAUACUGACGGCGCGCGUUCAACAUGGCUACCGCCGGCAGCAACGCAACGACGAGCGCCGGCAACGAGGCGAGCGGCACCAGCAACGUACCGCAAUGGAAGCGCGAUCUGAUACAGCGUCGCCGUCAGCAGAGCAAGGUCCUCGCGAACAACGGCGCGAGCGUCAAGUUGUGUAGCGCAGUGAUAGGCACAUCGUCGUCAUCGUCGGUAACGUCGGCGAACGCGACGACGCCCGACGGAAGCGUCGGCGGCGUCGUCGCCACCGAACAGAGCACAGCGACGGAGCAUCACGCGCUUCGUACGGCGCGCUUAACAGCGACCAACGAGGAUACCACGGCUCCUGGUGGUAAUAGUGGUGCAUUGCUUUCCUCCCCCUCCUCUUAUCCCGCGAGAAGGCCGCCGUCCGGUGGCGCCACCAACGCCGUCGCUGUCGCCGGCGGAGCAACGGUGGCGGCAACGGCCGUCGACUUUGCCUCACCAUUACCAGUCGCGUACAACAUGCGUCUCGAGGUGGAUUUGUCGCUCUGCUCGGACGCGGAGGAUGUGAACGGCGCGCCGGCUAAAUUCGUGGAAAUUUCUUCGGAACGAAAAUUGUCGGAUUACAACAUCGGCGAGGAAAACGAGGACGCGAUCUCGAGAACGGCGGAUGGCAAACCGUUGAGAGCGAGGAUGAACGAAGGAAACGAGAGCAACGAGUCAUCGCAGCACGACGAUGAGAUUCGCGCCGUCUUGACCGGAAGAUGCGAUAAGGAAAUGUUCCAUGGUGGAAACUUUAGAGUACUGAAAAGUUUGCGCGUCGCACGACCAAGUCGUGCUUCCAGCGAGGAAGCGGAGAGCGACAGUUCCGAGGAGCUGCAAUAUGGACCAGGGAUCGUCAACAAGCUUAAGUGCAAAUACCUUAACCUCACUCUGCGCGAGACGAACAAGAGCCGCGCGUCGGUGCAACGGUUUCGGCGCGCAGCCAGCCUCGAGGAUUUGUUGGACCGAGACGAUGAGGAGUCCAGUCACGAAAAGAUCACUACCAGCAGGAAGUAUGUGAAGCGAAGCGGCGGUGGCGUCGUUGCCGCCGCCGCCGUCGCCGCCGUUGCUUCCAAGACCGACAGGUACCGGAACGCCUCUCGGGGCAACGACUCGAUGAAGCGGGCACGCAGCGUCGAGACAUUGAUGAGAUACAAUAGCGUGACGGUUGACGAGGCGACGACUGCACGUCAGGUUCUGGUUACUCGACCGGUGACGAACGGCGUUCGCCAAGAACCGGUUAACGACCACAUCAUUCUCGUCGAUCGUACGUCCGUGAAGAUCGAGAGCCGCCUGUGUGAGCUUGAUCGACCCAAACCAAUCAACAAGCCCAAGAGGAUCAAACCGGUACUAGCGGAAACGGAGCGACCGCCACCGGAUCUAGUCAAGACCACGAUGAGAAUCUUCGAGAGCUCCGCGAGGAAGCUGAAGCCCAAGGGCGAAGUCGCCGCGAAGAUCGCUACCUUCAAGACCAUCAACGACACGUUCAAAGCACAAACGCAGACGCAGAAGAAGCUGGCACAGAAGCCACCAUUGCAGCCGAAACCUUUCAUCAAUGGCGGUGCUCGUUCCGCCGGUGGCAUCGGUUCCCCGAAAAAAAUCGUGCUACCACACAAGCCGACCGCCGAACUGAUCGAGACGCAGGAUGGCAAGGAAGAGUAUCAUAUAGACGGCGUCAUCACGGAAUCAAUCGUGCAAUCGGUAUCCUCGGUAGUGAGCAAGUUUCAGCAGAUCGAAAAGUCACAUUCGCCUUCUCCGUCGCCGGAACCCUCGAGCUACAAGCUGAAAUUCUCUCCAGCGAACAGCCCGGAACCGCCACAGACGUGCAAAUCGAAGUCCGCUACUCUGGAAAUCACUAUCAAAUCACCGCCUGUCACGCCAGUGCUCUCGCCGAGGAUCUUGUCGCCUAGACUUCCAAGCUCGCCGUCACCGGUCAAGGAUAUCAGGCAGGGCAUGCAGAGUCCCUCCUCUCCCAUUAAGGACUUGAUCCGCAUUCAAAUCCCAAGUCCACUUCACAAACCGCCACUAUCACCGAGCCCCAAAGGAGAACCCUUGAAGACGGAGACGGAAUCCAAAGUUAUUCGUCCGCAAAUCGAAGAGAUUCCUAGAACGAAUGCCGAAAAUCCCAAGCAAGCACACUUUCCAGAAUCGUCCAUCAAUGUGGAAUGGAAAGAGGAUGCGAAAUCGAGCCGCGUCGCGUUCAAUGAUGGAGAAAAGAACGUCGACGAGGAGAUUGUUGAUGGUCCGAAAACCAUCUCCAAGAUCGCCUUGGACAACAUCGGCAAGGCAGGAACGAUAAUGCAAUUUAAUUUUGGCGACAAGUCUACGAGCGAUAAGAGUUAUUUACCGGGUACGAAGCAGAAUGGUCAAAAAUCGACGGAUGAACCGAUGCCAGAAGAAGAUUAUUGCGUAAAGAUGGAGUGUAAGAACAAGGUAGGUGCACCUUCCAAUAUUAUGACCUCCAAAGUAUCGUCGAGAUUGCAAGAAAGGCUCGAGCCUGAGGAGGAGAGCGACGACAAGGAUAUCGAGGAGAAGCUGAUUGUACCGGAGAAUAAACCCAUCGGCGCCAUUUGUAGCUUGGGCUUAAUCAAAAUCGCGACAACAGCGACGACGACAUCACCGUCGGCGACAUAUUCGCAGAGCAAUAACGAGACGAAGACGAUACGAUGCCAGCAGAAAAGCGAGUUCUCGCCGCCGCAGAAGCAGAUCGGCAUCAUACGGCCGCUUGUCUCUACGAAGGCACAACAUCCACAGCAGAAUCUGAGCAAUCGUGAGCUCGAGAAGAACCUGAUCAAUCGAGUCAAGAGCAUCGAACAGCCCACCAAAGUGGUGGUGAGUCUGAAGAGCGCCGAUGAGAUACAACCCACAAAGAAGACGAGUGCUGGAGGUGGCGGCGGCGGUCUCUGGGACACGAAACCAUGGAAUCAGCAGAACAACACGAUGGUAUUUAACUUCAGUAAUCGAAAGGACGUGCCAGAUUACAUAGAGAAUGACGGCCUCAUCAUUAGGAGAAAGCGGGAUAAGCCGAAGGUUGGUGAUGGUGGCAUUAUAAUGCUCGAUGCUACUUUAGAUGCCUCUACGACUGACGAUGCUGAGUGGGAAAUCUCUGGGGGUCCACCGUCACCCUGCGACGUAUCGUUUUUCAACGACAAUAUUCUCAUCAAUGGACGCAGCAACCUUUCGAGGACGCCACGAAAUCAUAAGCAUCGAAUACAGUUCGACGACACCGCCACACGUACCUUCGAGUAUCCCAGCGAAGCGUCGAUUCUUGAAGGCGAGACCAGCAACGUGGACGGCGAAACUUCUAGUUCCGUAAUCGAGCAACCUUCUACACUGAGUAAUAACAAAAUCUCUUCGACACCUAGCUCAACAACGAAUAUGCCAUCUCUUCUCGGUGGAGGUGGACUAGCCAGUUACACUCCUAGCAAAGUGGAUCUGACGUCGGAAGGCUUCGAGUUGGGUAUCACCAGAGCUAUACUGAUGGUUCCGACCCCAGCUGCAACAACGACAACAACCGAGCAAACCGAGAAUGCAAGCGAAAUGGAAUACUUGAGACCAGCUCAGGACGCAGGUGCUUGGGGCUCGGAGACGACCGGCGAUCUUCUUUAUUGAAAAGAAAUGCAGAAUGAUGUUUUUAUCAUUCACAAGCUCAACGUCCCUCCGCAGUAAUAGAACGAACGAACGAAACAAGAAUGAAACUUAUAAGGCUAAUAUUAAGUAUUCCUUUUUUUCCUAGCGGCAAGAAGAUCGCAAAAAAACUACACAAAUGCAAAAGAAUCAAUAUAUUAUAAUAAACUUUAAUAAAAAAAGAUUUACGACAAAUGCUCACAUAAGUAUAUAAAGCGAAUUUUUCAUAGAAAACAGAUUUAGACAUUCGCGUUCAUGACCGGACGGUAUGUUGGACUACAGAUAAGUUAUUGUCAAAUGCACAUUAAAUUAAGAAAACUUUUUUUAAUUAUAAAAAGAAAUCAAAAGCGCAAUCUCCGCUCAUGAACGUACCAAGUAUUACAAGCAAAGUUUAUUUAGAUGAUUAAGUAAAAACUAACAGUAUCAUUCCAAGUAUAUGCAUUUACUUUGUAUUGUUACGCUAUGCAGUCAAAUCAGCGAACUUUUCUUACACAAUGAAUUAUCGAAACUGCCAAGAUACGCUACAUAGUGCUGCUUUUUUUAUAAUAGCACUUGAAAGGAAGAGCUCAGCGACUGAUACUCUAUUGCUAAAAAAAAAACAAAAUAAAAAGAGCAUAUCAUCUUUCUGGCAUACUUUAUAAGAUAGAAAAUAAAUCGAGAGAAUCAAGUUUUUGUAACCUUUUUGAGAUUACUUUAAUGCUAAGCUGUGAGUGUUCAAGCUGCCAGUAAAAGGCCAGACUUUUAUGCGAGUUUUUUUUUUGAUAGAAAAAAAGGUAAACGGUUGAAUGUCUUUGAGAUUUAAUUGGAGGGGGAAAAUGUUCAGGAAAAAAAAAACAACUCGAGUUUAGAUUUGUAAACGUUUUUGCCAAAGUAGAACGUAAGUCUACUUAGUAUAUUUAAUAAUGUAUAUGUACAAUAAGUGUUCCAGUUCGACAAAACUGUAAGAAUUGUAAAUUUCAAAGCACAUCGUCAUUUGUACCGAAUGUAUGGCAGAUCAUACUAUGCCUUGCAAAUGCGAAAAUAAGCCAUUACAGCGUGUCUUUUCAUAUUGAGUUUGCAAUUAUUUUUCAAGGAUUAUAAUACAUGAAACUAAUAGCUUUUCAGCAUAGAAGUUGCGUAAAUGAAAAUGGCGGUUUAAUGUUAAUUAUUAAUUUUAAGGAAAUUGAAUUUUGUAAAUACUAAAUUAUUGUGGGUCUAGAAGAGCCAUCCAAGAUAAGUAAAUCGAGUCACGAAAGUUCGAGAAAAGAAAUUACAUUAUUUUAAGAUCAACUUUCUUGUAUUACUUUUGUCCUUUUUUUUCUUUUGUGUUAAUUUCUUCUAUUAUCUAUGAAGCACAUUUCGGAUGCAUUAUCAUGGAUAAUUGAAAAUAUUGUUUUGAAUAUCGUGUAGGUGUAGGUAUUUAAUAAUGUAUGAUUGUAACGAUAUGUAGUUAAUAUGAUUUUAUGACUUGGACAGUGGACUGAUUCAAGCAAGAGAACGCGAUAAAAAGAUAAUUUAUUAUGAAGGUGCAUUAAAAGUAAACUGCUGCCGUGUUUUGUUAGAAUUCAAAUAUAUUUACUUUAUUUAGAUGCUGUACCAGUUCACCGAAUAGUUUAUGAUGUACUGUUGUUUGAAAGACUCGUUCUUGUGUCACAGCGUUGUGUCUUACACUGUGAUAUUUUUGUUAAUCUUUUCUAGUAUAAAACAUAAUUUCCAAUUAUUCGUCAGACCCAGCAAGUUGUUGAUACUCUUUGUAUCUUGUUGCUACAAUACACGAACAUUGCAAAAAGCAAGUCAGAUUACGUUUGUGCAACAUUCCAAAUUGAAACUGUAUACGUAUAGAUCUUUUUUUAAUUUGUCAUUAAUUAAUCAUAAUUGUAAUCUCCUUACUCCAAUACAGGAGAGCUGUGUAACAGUUUUGUAAAUUACCGUUGUACAGAAUCACGAAAUACCACGUUUCAAGUAAACAACAAUAAGUGGAAACGAUUGUGAGAUGACUAUUAAUAACUGAAGCUUGGAUUUAUAUUAUUACCUUCUUAAAUAUGUAAAAGUAUUGUGUGAUGUAUCGUCUAUGUGUUAAAUAUCGAAGUAAUAAAAGAGACAAUUACUCCUUA